UCAAUUUCGAAUCGAAUCACGAGAUCUGCCUCCUCGGAUUCAGUAAACAAUUAUUCGUAGAUCGUAGGCUCCUCGAUGAACGCUUUCUUUUUAGGAUCCGUUCUCUGCGUUUCCUGAUCCGGCACGAAUUGAAGAUCGAAGAUGUUAGAACAGCUUCUGAUCUUCACGCGAGGAGGAUUAAUCCUCUGGACAUGCAAGGAGCUCGGGAAAGCUCUCAAAGGCUCACCAAUCGACACUCUGAUCCGCUCCUGCCUCCUCGAGGAGCGAUCUGGUGAAGUCUCCUUCAACUACGAAGCCUACACUCUCAAGUGGACCUUCCACAACGAUCUUGGACUCGUCUUCGUCGCUGUUUAUCAGCGGAUCCUCCACUUGCUCUACGUGGACGACUUGCUCUCCAUGGUGAAGGAAAGCUUCUCUGAGAUUUAUGAUCCUAAGCGGAUGAGUUACGAUGAUUUUGAUGAGACGUUUAGGCAGCUUAGGAUGGAGGCUGAGGCUAGGGGGGAGGAGUUGAGGAAGGUGAAGCAAGUUGGGAAGGUUGUGAGCAGUGUUAAGAAGCAAGGGCAGGUGUCAAAAUCUGGUCUUGAUGGGGGAAACAAAAGUGGUGGUGGAGGAUCGAAGAAGGAUGUUGGAGAUGGGGAUAAGGAUAAAGAUAAAGUCGGGAGCUUUAUGACUAAUGGUAAUCAUAAGAUGGAAGAUGAUGAUUCUGACAAGACUAACGGGAAAGAAAACACGGCUGAUAAUGUUGUACUUGAUCCGAGUAAGCUUAUGAAGCUGAGGAGUAAAGGUGUAAGAGGUAGAGGUGGUGUAAGGAAGACUGACAGUAUAGGUAAUAAAAGUUCCAAGGUUGCUGCUGCGGAACCGCCGAAGAAGGCGACGAAGAAGAAUAGGGUUUGGGAUGAUGCGGCUCCUAAGCAAGUGAAGCUGGACUUUACUGAUUCCGUUGGUGAGAAUGGGAAUGGGAACCAUGAUCAUGUAGAUAUUGCGGCUGCUGACCAAGGAGAAAGUAUGAUGGAUAAGGAAGAGGUUUUUAGCAGUGAUGAUGAAAGUGAAGAUGAUGAUGACGAAGCAAGGAGUGAUGAGAAGAAGCCUGAGGCUAAGAAGAAGGGAUGGUUUUCUUCUGUUUUCCAGAGUAUUACUGGGAAGGCUAAUCUUGAAAGGACAGACCUUGAACCGGCCUUGAAAGCUCUGAAGGAACGGCUCAUGACCAAAAAUGUGGCUGAAGAGAUAGCUGAGAAGCUUUGCGAAUCAGUGGAAGCAAGUCUUGAAGGAAAGAAGCUGGCAUCGUUCACGAGGAUCUCUUCAACCGUUCAGGGAGCGAUGGAGGAUGCUCUGAUUCGCAUAUUGACUCCGAGACGCUCCAUUGAUAUAAUGAGAGACGUUCAUGCUGCCAAAGAACAGAGGAGGCCUUAUGUGGUCGUGUUUGUUGGAGUCAACGGAGUUGGCAAAUCCACCAAUCUGGCCAAAGUGGCGUAUUGGCUUCAGCAGCAUAAGGUCAGUGUAAUGAUGGCUGCUUGUGACACAUUCCGUUCUGGAGCUGUUGAGCAGUUGAGAACUCAUGCUCGUAGGUUACAGAUACCAAUAUUUGAGAAGGGUUAUGAGAAGGAUCCAGCAGUAGUUGCUAAGGAAGCCAUACAGGAAGCAACUCGGAAUGGAUCCGAUGUUGUUCUUGUUGACACAGCUGGUCGGAUGCAGGAUAAUGAACCUUUGAUGAGAGCUCUCUCUAAGCUCAUUAACCUCAAUAAGCCAGACUUGGUCUUGUUUGUCGGUGAAGCUCUUGUUGGAAAUGAUGCUGUUGAUCAGCUCUCAAAGUUUAAUCAGAAACUCUCUGAUCUCUCCAAUUCUGGGACCACGAGAUUGAUUGAUGGAAUCUUACUGACAAAGUUCGAUACCAUUGACGAUAAGGUUGGGGCAGCAUUAUCUAUGGUUUACAUAUCGGGAGCACCGGUUAUGUUCGUGGGUUGUGGCCAGUCUUACACUGACCUGAAGAAGCUCAAUGUCAAGGCCAUAGUCAAGACACUUCUCAAAUGAUCUUCUCAUAAACAUCAUCAUCACUAUCUUCAUCACUACCAUCAUCAAUCAAUGUCUUAUCCAUCAUACUUUGUCUUGAGUUCUUGUUUUUUUUUUCUUUUUGACUUGGAGACUAUUUCUCUUUGGCUGUGUUGUUGCUUCCUUAAAACUCCAAAAGACUAUUUCGUUGGAGUCGCUACUAUCCCAGCCCAUGUCUUUGUAUGAUGCAACUUUUGUAUUGAACUAAGUGUUCUUUCUUUUUUUUCUCCUGUUUUUAUCA